AUCUUCUGUCUGUGGAGAGUGUAGUACAAAGAAUUCCUAGGAAGCUCAGUCAACACCAAACCCAGAAUUAAAAGCCAUAGAAAUUCCUCAAAAUGGCAUCACCCACCCCUUGUAAUCUCCAACUCCCAUGGCUCGCUAUCUUCUCUUCCUCACAAUCUUCCUCUUCCUCAUCCUAUCCGCCUCCGCCCACGGCGGUGCCGGCGACCACGACUCCGACUCAUCCUCUGAUAAACCCAACCUCAGAUCUCGAGGGUUGAUUUUAGUCAAGAUAUGGUGUUUGAUACUCGUGUUCGUUGGGACUUUUAUAGGAGGGAUAUCGCCCUACUUCCUGAAAUGGAACGAGGGCUUUUUGGUAAUUGGGACGCAGUUCGCAGGUGGGGUGUUCUUGGGCACGGCUCUGAUGCAUUUUCUGAGCGAUUCGAAUGCCACUUUCGGGGAUUUGAGUGAUAAAGAUUACCCAUUUGCUUUCAUGUUGGCGAGUGCUGGGUAUUUGCUCACUAUGUUGGCCGAUUAUGUCAUUUCUUUUGUUUAUUCAAACCAAAAGAAUGGGUCUAGUGACCAUCCUGAACUUCAAGAGGGUGUUGAAAAUGGAAAAGGCAGUGUUGCUGGGAGAACUUCACACUCUCAGUUUCAGGUCCAUAAUAGCACGGAUGAUCACCUGGUGAAAGCACCACUUGCCAGUGCUACUUCACUUGGGGAUAGCAUCCUGUUGAUCACAGCAUUGUGUUUCCAUUCUGUAUUUGAAGGCAUUGCUAUUGGAGUUGCAGAGACAAAAGCUGAUGCUUGGAAAGCUCUCUGGACGGUCUGUCUCCACAAGAUAUUCGCAGCCAUUGCAAUGGGAAUAGCUCUUCUUAGGAUGAUUCCAGAUCGUCCUCUCUUAUCCUGUGCAGCCUAUGCUUUUGCAUUUGCUAUUUCAAGUCCAAUUGGAGUUGCAAUUGGAAUCAUAAUAGAUGCUACAACUCAGGGUGCCGUAGCAGACUGGAUUUACGCCAUAUCAAUGGGUUUAGCUUGUGGCGUGUUCAUCUAUGUGUCCAUAAACCAUCUGCUUUCCAAGGGUUACACAGCCCAAAAACCGGCAUUGCUUGACACUCCCCAUUAUAAGUUUUUGGCUGUCGUAUUGGGCGUCGGGGUGAUUGCUGUUGUUAUGAUCUGGGACACCUGAGGUCAAUCAACUGUUUACUGGCCUGGUUCAUGCUACAACAAUCAGUGCCUGGAGGUAUGUUGCUCUGCUUUCUUCUCAAAUGGGCACAGAAUCGAUUUAUAUCUCAAGCCGCACAGAAUAGGACAGCACAAUGUACAGCCGCAGGGAUCAAUAGAACUUUCGUGGGUUUUUCCCCUUAAUUCUCUGGUGUAAACCAUUAUUAUUUGGAUCAUUCUAUAUUAAUUUUGGAGUUUUUGUUCUGAAGCUAGUGUAUAAGGUUGUGUUUAGUAACACGUUGUUGUUUCUGUUUUUUUAUGUUUUUGUUUUCAAUUUUUGCCAAAAAGUAAAAUAAAAAUGUGUUU